AUGAGGCGAGCGCGAAGGAAAGCUGCGAACAAGGAGAAAGUGUUCGGUUGUGAUUUGAUGGAGCAUCUCGCCGCCACGAACCAGGACGUGCCGCUGGUUCUGCGCAGCUGCAGUGAGUUUGUGGAAAGUCACGGCAUCGUGGACGGAAUCUACCGACUGUCAGGAGUCUCCUCUAAUAUACAAAAACUCAGGGGGGAGUUUGAGAGUGACACUGGUCCAGAGCUGAACAGAGAGCUGUACCUGCAGGACAUCCACUGUGUGAGCUCCCUCUGUAAGGCCUACUUCAGAGAGCUGCCCAACCCCCUCCUCACCUACAGGCUCUACGACAAGUUCGCGGAGGCUGUGGCUCUGCAGUUGGAGGACGAGCGUUUGGUGAAGAUCAGAGACGUCCUCAAAGAACUGCCUCCUCCUCACUACAGGUCAGAGGUCACUCACUACAGGUCAGAGGUCGCUCACUACAGGUCAGAGGUCGCUCACUACAGGUCAGAGGUCGCUCACUACAGGUCAGAGGUCGCUCACUACAGGUCAGAGGUCACUUAUUACAGGUCAGAGGUCACUCACUACAGGUCAGAGGUCGCUCACUACAGGUCAGAGGUCGCUCACUACAGGUCAGAGGUCACUCAUUACAGGUCAGAGGUCGCUCACUACAGGUCAGAGGUCGCUCACUACAGGUCAGAGGUCACUCAUUACAGGUCAGAGGUCACUCACUACAGGACGUUAGAGUUCCUGAUGCGGCACUUGGUCCACGUUGCUUCGUUCUCCUCAGAGACGAACAUGCACUCACGGAACCUCGCCAUAGUCUGGGCCCCGAACCUGCUGCGGUCCAAAGAGAUCGAGGUCUGUGGUUUCAACGGCACCGCAGCGUUCAUGGAGGUCAGGGUCCAGUCCAUCGUCGUCGAGUUCAUCCUCACACAUGUACCACAGCUGUUCCCAGAACCAGGAGCGUCCAGUGAGAGAAGGAAGUCCCUCCCCUCUCCGUGCUUUUUGACCAAUCAGGAGGAAGCAUUUUUCAAACAACCGACAAUGAACAUCGGGAACCUGAGUCCUGGCGACGGCCCUCUGCCCAUCCGGCCCUACCACUCCAUCAUCGAGGGCCCAGACAAGAGGAAGGGUUCUCUGAAAGGUCGCAGGUGGAUGUCGAUCUUCAACAUUGGAGGAAGAUUCCACGAGACGCGACGAAGACACAAGACGUCAACAAAAGAGAAAGAUCAUCCGACGUUGAGGGGAGCGCGCAGCAUGGACUCCCUCAGCUCUCCCUCCCCCCGCAGCGACCCCCACCCCUCCCCGCGGCCUCCCUCCUCCCACCUCUCGCCUCUGGCUGUGGCACAACCUCAGCCUCAGCCUCAGCCUCCCGCGGUGUCUGAACCUCCCGCUCCCACGUCUCCUCGCAUUGUCAGUGAAUACGCCGUCACCUACCGCCGCGGCACAGGACAGGUGACCACAGGGACCCAGGGCACCUACACCGCCUUAGACCCAGAAGGACCCACCUCCAACGACGCCGUCCAGACCAGAUCCCCCGGACUCACGGCCAAAGCGGGUCGCAGGAUCGCCGUGCACAUCACGGGUCCCACCAUGGUCACCGUGCCUCUGCAUAUCACCUCCAACUUAGCCCUGGGGGUUCUGCAAGGAGGUGGGGGGGACAGGAUCAUACACAGAGGGAGCAAUAAGGAGGUGAAGGAGAUGAAGGAGGUGAGAAGUGAAAGGAAAGGAAGCGAGGUGGAGAAGAGGGAAGCUGCCGAUGAGCAGGGAUCCAAAAGAAAGAGUGUUUUGGAGGUUUUCAGAGCUCCAACAGAGACCGAGGAGGUGGGAGAAGGACCAUGUGAGCUGGAGGUGGGAGAAGGACCAUGUGAGUUGGAGGUGGGAGAAGGACCAUGUGAGCUGGAGGUGGGAGAAGGACCAUGUGAGUUGGAGGUGGGAGAAGGACCAUGUGAGCUUGAAGUGGGAGAAGGACCAUGUGAGCGGGAGGUGGAAGACACGAGACCGUCCAACAGUGAAGCGUCAAACUCAGAGAUCCAGAGGAAACAUAGAAGCCGAGAGGAAGAGGCCAUGGAUGUGGAGAAAGAGACUGGACCAGACCCGGAGCCAGACCCUGGACCAGACCCUGGAACUGAGGACUAUGUGUUCGACCCAGAGGACAUGUCUCCUGAAGCAGACGACCUGAACCUGUCCGGAUACGUCCAGCACAACUUUGACUUCCUGGACCAGAUGGACUGCAGCCUGAUGGACCGGUCCUGUCGGAUUCAGGAGUUUUCAGUGGAGCCUCCGGGAAACUACGAGGAAGAGUACGAAACCAUGGACCAUCCUCCGACUCCCCCCGCAACCCCGACCUUGGACGCCAUCUCCCCUUCUCGCCUCCUCACCGCGGACAUUCACCAACGCCACACCAAGUCCCUCAGCCUCCCCUUCAUGAGCUCUCCGCUGCCAGAACCCGACGAGUCCGAGUCCGGGUCUGAAUCUGCGAGCGACGUUAGCGCAGAUUACGAAGAAGAAGAAGAAGAAGAAGAAGAAGAGGACAUGUUUAUGCAAAGUUUACCGUCCGAUUUCUUCCUGAACGACUUGACAAACACAGAAACACAGCUGGGAGACAACCUCACAGUUUACGUCUCCAGCAUGAAACUGAUCGAGGGUGAAGUAUCGGAGGAGCACGCUUUGGAAAGUGAGGAAUCGGACGAAGAGGAAAGUGAAAUUGCUGGUGAAUCUUGUCAAACUAAAGAAUCAGCGGACAAAGACAUAGAAACUGAAGCUGUUUGUGUCUUGCAUGAGGACGAAUGCAUGGACGGAAAACAAGCUGAGGUUGAAGAACAAAACACAGACUUAGUGGUCGACCAGGAUUUAGAAAGAGAAGAAGACACAGGAGGAGAUGACAUUCAGGCUGUGCUCAGUCAGACUUGUGUUGUAGAAAUGGAAGAGGACUGGCAAUGUGCAGGAAGUGAAACCAGGAAUGAUUCACUCGAUGGAUCAGAUGGAUUAGAAAGUUGUGAACUGGAGGUGGAUACUGAAGAAGAGAAAACUACAGAAGACGAUUUGCACAAAGACACAGGUUCUGCUGAUAAAAGCCCUGAACCAGCAGGGGGCAGUGUAGUGGAGGUCAGACCCGAUGAUGAAGGAUCGGACGAGGACCACAUACUUCACCGACAAAUGAACACAAUAGACACAGAGGAAAAAUGUGUGUCCCACAAUCCACUGCAGGAAGAUCAAAAGGAAAUCACAGGAAACCAUUUUGAUUCAACCCAAAAGGAAAAUCGUCACGGAAACGGCCAAAUAGUUCCACCUGAGUUCGAUGGGAACGGCAUCGAUGUGGAUAAUCUACAAGGACAAUUGGAUGAGGAAGAGGUUUUUGAAGAAACUGCUAAAGGGGAAUCUAUAGACGACAUUUGGGACGAACUUGAAGACGUUGUUUGCGAAGUGAUUGAAGAUCUAGAGACACAAGAACCGAACGUGGAAAAGUCGACUGAUAUUGAAGAAAAAACCUGGAACGUAUUAGAUUCAGAUGUAAAUAAGGUCGAAAAUCAGGUGCAAAAAGACAGAUUUGAAACUGAUAUCAAACUUAAAGAUGGGCAUUAUUAUCUAAAUGUUGCUAAUGCUAAAUGUGCAGUGGAAAAACCGAGCCAAAAACCGCCAACGGAAGCUAAACCCGAACACCUUCAAUGCACGGAAAUCCAGCAGUGUCCCGGCGUUGGAAGCAAAGUCGUGACUUCAAAACUCCCCAAGGUGUAUUGCGCGAAAGCCGUGCCCAUCGUCCCGCCAAAGUCACAGCACUGCAAGCUAACGGCGCUAACGCUACGCCAGCAACAGCAGAGGGCGCCAGAGGAUCAGAGGUUGGAGGCGGAGGAGCUGAACGCGAAUUGGUGGAAAGACAGAGACGAAAGCAUCAGGCAAAGUCCGCAGAGCAUGUGUUUCGAUGAAGCCGUGGCCAUCGCGACGCUACGCAGAGGAAAAGGCCGAGAGAGCGACCGAGACCGAGCCCACACGGCCAAAACGUUACUCUCUGGGUUCGUGGCCCGCUCCAGAGUCCAGGCCUCAGAGUCCAGGCCUCAGAGUCCAGGCCUCAGAGUCCAGGCCUCAGAGUCCAGGCCUCAGAGUCCAGGCCUCAGAGUCCAGGCCUCAGAGAGGGAGGUGGACCGGCUGGUGUCCUGGUGCAGUGGUAACAACCUGGAGCUGAACGCCCAGAAGACAGUGGAGAUGAUUGUGGACUUCAGGAAGAGCACUGUCCCCCCGCCCCCACCCUCCGUGAUGGACUCCCCCAUCACCUCUGUGGAGUCCUUCCGUUUCCUGGGCACCACCAUCACCCAGGACCUCAAGUGGGAGCCGACCAUCAGCUCCCUCAUCAAGAAGGCCCAGCAGAGGAUGUACUUCCUGCGGCAGCUCAGGAAAGCCAAGCUGCAGUUCUACACGGCCAUCAUCGAGUCCAUCCUCACCUCCUCCAUCACCUCCUCAUCACCUCCUCAUCACCUCCUCAUCACCUCCUUCAUCACCUCCUUCAUCACCUCCUCCAUCACCUCCUCUAUCUCCUCCUCUAUCUCCUCCUCUAUCUCCUCCUCCAUCACCUCCUCCAUCUCCUCCAUCACCUCCUCCAUCACCUCCUCAUCACCUCCUCCAUCUCCUCCAUCACCUCCUCAUCACCUCCUCCAUCUCCUCCAUCACCUCCUCAUCACCUCCUCCAUCACCUCCUCCAUCACCUCCUCCAUCUCCUCCAUCACCUCCUCAUCACCUCCUCCAUCACCUCCUCCAUCUCCUCCAUCACCUCCUCAUCACCUCCUCCAUCACCUCCUCCAUCACCUCCUCCAUCACCUCCUCCAUCACCUCCUCCAUCUCCUCCAUCACCUCCUCAUCACCUCCUCCAUCACCUCCUCCAUCACCUCCUCAUCACCUCCUCCGAGGGAGGUGGACCGGCUGGUGUCCUGGUGCAGUGGUAACAACCUGGAGCUGAACGCCCAGAAGACAGUGGAGAUGAUUGUGGACUUCAGGAAGAGCACUGUCCCCCCGCCCCCACCCUCCGUGAUGGACUCCCCCAUCACCUCUGUGGAGUCCUUCCGUUUCCUGGGCACCACCAUCACCCAGGACCUCAAGUGGGAGCCGACCAUCAGCUCCCUCAUCAAGAAGGCCCAGCAGAGGAUGUACUUCCUGCGGCAGCUCAGGAAAGCCAAGCUGCAGUUCUACACGUCCAUCAUCGAGUCCAUCCUCACCUCCUCCAUCACCUCCUCAUCACCUCCUCAUCACCUCCUUCAUCACCUCCUCCAUCACCUCCUCUAUCUCCUCCUCUAUCUCCUCCUCCAUCACCUCCUCCAUCACCUCCUCAUCACCUCCUCCUCCAUCACCUCCUCAUCACCUCCUCCAUCUCCUCCAUCACCUCCUCUCACCUCCUCCUCACUCCAUCUCCUCCAUCACCUCCUCCAUCACCUCCUCCAUCACCUCCUCCAUCACCUCACCUCCUCCUCCUCCAUCUCCUCCAUCACCUCCUCAUCACCUCCUCCAUCACCUCCUCCAUCCUCCAUCACCUCCUCAUCAUCUCCUCCAUCACCUCCUCAUCACCUCCUCCAUCACCUCCUCCAUCACCUCCUCAUCACCUCCUCCGUCACCUCCUCAUCACCUCCUCCAUCACCUCCUCCAUCACCUCCUCCAUCACCUCCUCCAUCACCUCCUCCAUCACCUCCUCCAUCACCGUGUGGUUCGCUGGAGCCACAGUCAGGGACAAACAGAGACUACAGCGCAUUGUGCGCUCUGCAGAGGAAGUGA